CCAGCCUCGGCCGCCCACUCGCGCCCGGCGCCCGCCGCCCUCCCCCCGGUCCGCGCCGUUUGCUCGCGCGCAACUCAGUCGGCGCCAGAGCCCCGCUCCGAGUUGGCCACGCAGAGCCGCUGCAGCGUGCCGACGGCGCGUACGGAGCAGCAGCAACAGCAGCAGCAGCAGCAGCAGCAGCAGCAGCAGCAGUAGCAGCGGCGGGCCGCCCUCGCACGCUGCACGACCGCGGCUAGCUGCGUAGAUGUGCACCUCGUCGACGGGGACGUCACGCGGGGCAUGAGGCGCUGAGGCAGGUCGCUCAGGAAGCUGAAUAUCCUCGAUGGGCCGUAAAAGACGGGACGGACCGGCGGCGACGGCGCUGCUCAGCUGCUGUCUCCUCCUUCUUCACGACUAUGCCAACGGCUACGGGGAAGUCGGCUGCCUGUUCAGCAAGAGCCUCUGCAAGCCGGACACCGAAGCCUGCUACGACGACUUGGCGUUCGGUAGGUGUAUCCAGUUGAGCGACGAGCAGCUGUCAGAGGCAGACCUCUAUCGGUACAACUUGGAGCCGGACGAGUUGGAGCUGCUGCGCGUGCAGCUCGAGCGGCUCGAGUACGAGGGCUACAAGUGGCCCGACGACUACACGCAGUGCGUCAUGCGGAUGCUCCUCGAGGAUCUGCGCUACGGGACGAGCGGCGACGACGAGUCUCUGUGCGGCGACGGCGCCAAGCGGACCGAGCUCGGCGGCGGGAGCGCGCGGGCGGCGAGCGGCCACGAGGAGGCCGACCCGCUGGCAGUGGUGAGGUACGCGCCGAGCGGCCGGCCGAGCGCGCGCACCGACUACGCCGACGAGUUUUAUUACCCGGAGAGGCGCAGGCAAGCAGCGGCUCGCUUCGACGACUACGACGGGGCUCUCUACGAGGAGUCAGCUGGCAUCGGCAGUCCCGCCGAGGGUACGCAACGGGAACGCGCCGCUCGACCUCCUCGCGCUUUGCUCGCAGUCUACCGUCGGGGAUCUCGCUCCUUACCCCAGCAGUCGACGAGCUCGGCCGAGGCCUACCUCGGCGCCAGCGGCCAGGUGCUGCCGCGGGAGUACGCGGAGGCGCUGCGCGGCAUCCUCGGCGAGGACGAGGACGAGGACGAGGACGAGGACGAGGACGAGCUGGAGUUUCUGCCGAGCGGCGACGGCAGGAGACCGGCGAUCCAGGUUGCCGGCUACGAGGGCGCUUUCUCGCGGGAGCUCGGGCAGCCGAGACGAUUGGCGGCAGGCGUCGGCUUCCUCGAUCGGACCGCGGCCGUGCACGAGGACGACGUCAACGACUACGGGGAUGACGACGACGACGACGACGACGACGACGACGACGACGACCACGACGACGACGACGACGACGACGACGCCGCGAGGCCCAUCGUCGAGUCACUGUAUUCCAAGGGCGGCACCAUCGUGCCUGUGAGGCGAGACGUCGCUGUGCCUGACGAGUACGACGAUUUAUCGCUCGACGACAACUUGAACGAGAUGCUGUGGAGGCGGGAAAUGGCGGGCUUCAAACGACGCGAACGCUUGGACGUGAAGAAACCGGGGCCGCUGUUUUCGACCAACAAUUACGCGUUCAAAGCUCACUCGACCAAAGCCCCCGAAAAUCAGCUCCACGGCGCAGAGGAUAAUGACAACGACGUGGUGUAUCUGGCGCAGGUGAAGAAAGACGCUUCCGCGUCGUCGCUCGGCGGCGCAACGAGGGCCAACGGCAACCCCGAUCCCGAGCGCGUCUACAUUCAGUUAGAUCGAGAAAUCGCCACCUGGCUCGAGGGCAAACGAAUCGUCAACGCGGUGGAAACUCUAGUGGGACUGCAGCGGAACGAAUUGAAGGACGUCGACGUUGGCGAAGCGACCAUUAGCUUCAAGGUGGCCCGCAACAGCAAGAGCUACAACGCGUCCGACGUCGUUCGCAAAAUCGGUGACGUACGCGACGCUCUGCGAAGGCAGCUCAACGCGGAGGUGAUCCACUACGGCGUCGGCAAGGACCUGCCGACGAUGCUCGACGUGUCGCACAACUCGGAGAUGAGCUCGAGCUUGUUCGGUGCGCUCGUCGCCGCAGGAGUGGCCGGAGUGACGGCAGCCGCGAUAGUCGUGCUGAUAAUAGCUCGUCGUCACGCGAAAUCACGAGCGAAGCUGGCGGGUCUCCGCGCACCCGACCCCGAAGCGUCGAAGGACUAUCAGGAGCUGUGUCGAGCGCGCAUGGCGGCCAAGCAGUCGGACAAAGCGACGGAGUCGCCCAGGGGCUUCGACUUCGGUCGGCUGAUCGAGUCCGGCAAGAGCGAAUCAAACAGAUCCAGUACUUCCAGCUGGGGCGAGGAGCCGCAGCUCACUCAUAUGGAUGUGGCCACCGGCCAUGUCGUUCUUUCCUACAUGGAGGAGCAUCUGAAGAAUCAAGAAAAGUUGGACGAGGAAUGGGCAGCAUUGUGCGCUUACGAGGCGGAGCCGUGUUCGACAGCCAUUGGCGAAGCCGAGGGGAACGCCGAGUGCAAUAGGCCUGGCGCCGCGCUUCCCUACGAUCACUCGCGCGUCAUUCUCAACGACUUGGCUAAUCUCAACAAUUCCGACUACAUCAAUGCUUCCACUAUCACCGACCACGAUCCGCGGAAUCCGGCGUACAUAGCGACCCAAGGGCCACUGCCGCAGACAACGGCGGACUUUUGGCAGUUGAUAUGGGAGCAAGGCAGCGUGGUGGUGGUGAUGCUGACGCGGCUUAACGAGGAUGGCCAGCCUAUAUGUCACCGCUACUGGCCGGAGGAGGGCUCGGAAUUAUACCACAUCUACGAGGUGCAUCUGGUCUCCGAGCACGUCUGGUGCAACGAGUAUCUCGUGCGCUCUUUCUAUCUGAAGAACUCGCGCACCGGCGAGACUCGCACCGUCACCCAGUUUCAUUACCUCGACUGGCCUCACGAUCAGGUGCCCAAGUCCAGCAAGACUCUCCUCGAGUUUCGUCGCAAGGUCAACAAGAGCUACCGAGGACGCUCCUGUCCGAUUAUCGUGCACUGCAGUGACGGAGCAGGUCGCACGGGCACUUAUUGCUUGAUCGACAUGGUGCUGAAUCGCAUGUCCAAGGGCGCGAAGGAGAUCGAUAUAGCGGCCACUCUCGAGCACAUCCGCGACCAGCGGCCCAACAUGGUGGCGGACAAGCAGCAGUUCGAGUUCGCACUGAUGGCGGUGGCCGAAGAAGUACACUCGAUUCUCAAGUCGCUGCCCAUUGUCGCCGAGAAGUCAUCGUCUACCAAGGACGACAAGCAGCAGCAGUCUAUCACCAAGUCCGAUAAAUAGGCGAUGACUAUUUAGUUUUGAUACGAGGGCAUUUAUCACGCAGCUGCUUGUGUAUGUAUGUAGUCGACGAGGUAGAGGCUUAUACAUCCGUUUGCAUAUCUUGCUCAUCAAUCCAAAACUGCAGUCUUACAGAAAGUCUUUUUGUAAAACUUCGCGAAAACAAAUAUAUAAAACACGUACAACACACAUGGACUGACGACUUUUCUAACUUUCCGCUAUGAUUCACUGUAUAACUCUUUGCACGGAUGUGUACGAGGAUCGAUUGUAACAAUGAGAUUGUAACAAUAGUUCAGUUUUACGCGCAUAUCAAAAUCGAUGGAUUUACACUUGUACUGUACACGCAAGUGGAGUUACCUUUUUUUUUCAUUUGUUUGCCGGCCUAUCACUCGCGAAAAAAAAAUAAUGUACAUUGUCCUUUCUUCUUUCAUUGGUCAACAAAAAAAUAUGAAUGCACGAUGGCGAUCAUAGUUCGCGCAAAGAGAACAGUAGACUCGCAAUACGCGACUAACGUUGCAAAUAAAGAUGAAUUGAGAAUUGACACUGAUGACCUUGGAAGAAACGGUGCGUCGACUUGAUUGUUACUCGUUUGGCGUAACGAGUGAGACGAUCGAUCUAGCUGCACAAUUUUUCGGCUGAAUGUUAUGUACUACUCGGUGCAAUUAUUAAAAGUGUAAGACCUCGAUUAGCACGAAAAGAUAUAUAACAAAAUAUUCAAUCCCUCUGGUAUGUAUCUUUUAUCGAGGAAGGACCUAUAAUUAUGUAAUGUUUUACUGAAUGUAUCAUGUAACUAUUAUAUGAAAGUAUACUAAACAAAAAUCAUUGAUAAAAAUAUUUUACUAUAUGGUGUAUACUAAUGUAACAGAUAUAUGGUAUAUGAUAAAAAGAAAAGAAACAUGUCCGUUACGUAAAUGUAUAUAACUUUAAGCAAGGACAUCAUGACGGCAACUAUCGUGCAGUAUAUACAUUUCUUAAUUUUCUAUAAGGAUACAUAGUUUUGUUUAUUUUUGUAACGGUAGAUCCGACGAUCCUUACUUUGAAAAUGAUAUAUUUUUUAUUGAAAUGUAGUUUGCGAUGGAAAGAAAUUUGAAAUGUCUGUCGAAGAAAACAUGAAAAACAAAAAAAGAAUCAAUGAAAGACUUUUAUUUUGUCUGAUAGUUUUACUCACGGUAUGUACCUGAUUAUUACAUUUUAAAUUUAAAAAAGCGUUUGACUGAUUCAAUUCACUGUAGAAUGAUUGAAAAAUGAUUAAGACCGAAAAAGCUACAAUUAUAACUAAUUAAAAGACUUUGUUGAUUCGGGCUGAUAAGCGUGUGAUAAUAUAAUUUAAAAAAACGUUAACUUUGUGGUACCAGCCUCCUACUAAGUUGACUUGCAUUUUAAUGUAAGGACGUUUUACGUGUUAUAUUAUACAGAACGAUUAAAAAUUAAAAAAUGAAAUUUAAAACUUAUUGAUAGUACGUUGUAAAAUUUUUUGUCCUAUGCUGCACUACAGGUAUUAUGCUAUAUAACAGUUGAAUGACUGAAUUAUUAAAUACUUCUAUUUUGCGUUCGUUCGGAUUGUAUUUAUGGUAAAGUUACAUAUUCACGUAUUUCCACGGCGAAAAUAUUAUUUGAAAUGAUAUAAUUAAGCAGCAAAUAUAAUAAUGAAUUAAUCCAUUGUAAACUAGAGAUACUAACUAAAAACAAUGCGUUCGCUUCUUCAUUCUUUUUACAUCAACUCUCCUCAUAGAUCCUAUAUUUUUGUGCGAACCAACAAAUGUAACUAUAUAACAAGAAAAAUUAUAUGCUAUGUUACUGAAGAGU